AUGUCUUCGGAGCCCCCUUCUGCCGCCGCGCAGCAGUGCCACAGCUCCCCGCCCUCGCCCGGCUCGCUCCACCUGCCCGAGACCCGCAGGGCGAGGGAUCGCUCCCCGUCGCCCAUGAGAGGGUACCUCAUCCCCAGCCCCCUGCCCACCCGCCGCACCAGGACCUUCUCGGCAACUGUGAGAGCAUCAGAGGGUCCCAUCUACAAAGGGGUCUGCAAGUGCUUCUGCCGCUCCAAAGGCCACGGCUUCAUCACCCCUGCAGAUGGAGGGCCUGACAUCUUCGUGCACAUCUCUGACAUCGAAGGCGAGUACGUCCCUGUGGCGGGCGAUGAGGUCACCUACAAGAUGUGCACCAUCCCCCCGAAGAACGAGAAGCUGCAGGCAGUGGAGGUGGUGAUCACCCACCUCGCCCCUGGCACCAAGCACGAGACCUGGUCGGGGCACGUCAUCAGCUCCUGA